CUUAUCACUCACUCCUUGUACAUUGACAGUCUAUCAGUUUGCUCGUAAACAACUUGGAAACAUAUUACUACAAAUUUAAAAAUACAAAUUUAUUUAUCUGGUAUUACAUUGGUUUCAGCCGAACACAGUGAUGACGGACAGCAAGGAAACGGGAACAGAUGCCAAUCCAUUGGAGAAUGUCAAGUUGUCCAACGAUGAUAACAUCGCAUUGAAGGACUUGCUGCACCAAAGACUGUUGGAAUGCGGCUGGCGCAGCAACAUUGAGAAAAUGAUUCGUCAGACCAUCCAGGAGCGUGGAGUGGCCAAUUUGACUCACGACGAACUGGCAGCGGAGAUCGUGCCCCAUGCUAGAGCUUUGGUUCCAGAGUUCAUUCGCAAGGAGAUGAUAAUGCGCGUGCGCAACGCUUUGGAAACUUCGUUGCCCCCAGGACAGAAGUAAACCUGACCCCAAUCCGCAUCCACCAGUGGCACUUUAAUCGCCAGUCGCCAUGCCAUUAUUAAAUUUUAGAUCUUGUUCUUGUGGUUUAUUUAAGUAGAUAUAAUAUUUACAUACUUAGGCUAUAUGUAUAUGAAUUGCGCCAUUAAUCAUACAAUAUGCAUGUAAUAAAUAAACAACCUAACUUUAA